AUGGAGUUGACCGGCACUGAUCUGGACCUGUACGACGGACUCGAGCCGUUGACGCGUGGACCUACGGCGUCGACGGGGACUACCAGCUUUCUAAUGGAGCUACACAUGCAGCUGAUCACUGGCCCACUUCGCGCACUCUACGGCAAGAACAUGCGUGAGCAGUUCAUGGUCAUCACUCCGUACAAAGCACAAUUCAAGCUGUACGCCAAAGCAUUCCAGACCCUGCAGGGGGUUGCCGCAUGA